AUGGAUAUACCAACUUUCCUGGGAAGUAGUAGCAAUAUCACUAUGAAGGAAGAAAAAGCCAAGCCAGACGAGCGUCUGCUGCUAGAACAGGAAGCCUGCUUGCGGGGGCGGGGGCGACUCACGACCAAAUCAAUCAAUACGCGGCGGGCAGAAGCCCCCCGCGGCUACCCCAUCGCCUUUCCCCGAAACCCCCCUCGACGGAGGCGGCGGUUGCAAGCUUUUCUCCGCUCUUCCGGACUGAGCAUCCGACGGGAGGGCGUGACCACUCGAGGCGCGCAGGCGACUCCACGCGCGGCUGUUCCCUCGCCGAGACUGGCGCCAAGGCGCCGAUCUUGCGGGCACUGGUGCCGUCGCUUGGCUCGCCUCGCAAGCCUUUCGGCCGACCACGUUCCGAGAAAGCUGAAGGCAGCCGGGCAGCCGAGACGGCGCCGCCAUCCUAGUGAGCUGGAAUUGGCAACGCGCCCCCAGCUGCUCCUGGGGGAGGCCUCUCCCCAGCUCCCCAGAGACGCGCCCGCGUCGGGGGACGGCGGCGGCGAUAGUGCCCUGACUACCAGCUUCGCCACCUUCUCGACGAGCAGCAGCUCUGACUCCAGCAGCACCAUGGACCUCUCCUUCAUGGCCGCACAGCUUCCAGUUAUGGGAGGAGUGUUUAUGGACUCACCCAAUGAGGAAUUUAGCACGGAAUAUUCUUUGUUUAAUUCAUCUGCCAAUGUAUACACUGCCGCCUCCGUCCCAAACCAGCCAGAAGAGACACCCCGUUCUUCAAAUGAUGCCAUUUUGUUAUGGAUUGCGAUUAUAGCUACAAUUGGGAACAUUGUAGUUGUUGGAGUUGUGUAUGCCUUUACAUUCUGAGAAGAAAAGAGGACAGCCCUGGGAUACAGAGUUGCUUUGCCGUCGUUCCUAAGAGCAAGUGUGUGUGUAUGUAUGUAGAUUAUAUGCACAUACCUAUAUAAAAAUGUAAGUCUUUAUAAAUACUGGUAGGUAGAGGUAAUUUCUUGUCUAAGGUCCCAGUUAAGAGCAGGUGGCAAACAAAACCACCAAAAAACCCUUUACAAAAAAGACUUUUGUAAAUUGUAUGGGGAUGAAACAUAAUUUACAGCAUAACCAAUUAAAUAUGAAUCUAACAUGAAAGGUCAAUGCACAUAAAAGGAAAAGCAGAUUUAUUCAUCAAGGGCUCUAUUGUGAAUCUGUAGGUUACCUAAACAACCUUUGGAUUAGAUAUUGGCCACUUCUUUUCUUUUUUUAGUGUAAGCACCCCACUUCUUAACGUUCU